AUCGGGGUCAAAGCCGUUAACUAACUAAGUUAACUAAGAAUCACUGUUGAAGGCAAGCAAAGGCAGCGAGCUUACUCCUAUCGAUACAAAACACCAUACCCCUUCUCAGUGGAUAAUCCAAACACCAGCAGUCUAAAUCUGAUCUUUGAAAUGUCCAACACCAUGAUUGUGCUUCCUCGUCCUGGGAUGGCUCGCCUCAGUGACGCACUACAGCCCAUCCGAGCACCAUCCGAAGCCGCCUUUGUCGCGACAUUUGGCCAGCUACUACCACAAGCGUCAUAUUUGCAGACAACUCAUGGCAGAGCUGCCUAUUACGAAAUACCAGCCUCAUCUCCAGCACCCUCAGGCAAUACAAACAUCGUCUCGCGCGUGCUAUUCGUGCACGGGGUCCAGACCUGCGCGAUCGGACUACAACCACUAGCGAGCGCGUUAUCUUCGCGUUUCCCGCACGCUCAGUGUGUCCUCGUUGACCUGUGGGGCCACGGGCUAACAGACACCCCCAUUGUCCCUCACGAACCUGCACUCUUCCAUGAAUUGCUGGAAACGCUGAUGGUGCAUCUUGGAUGGGAUGACGCCCAUUUUAUUGGAUAUUCGUUUGGUGGAUCAACGACCGCAACUUUUGCAGUCGCGCAUCCCGAACGUGUUGCAUCUAUGGUUCUAGUCGCACCCGCGGGUCUACUGCAUGCCAGUGACUUUGACGAAGUGCAAAAUAGUUACCUACGUGGCGGCGAAGGAUUGGAAGAGAAAGCGCGAGCAUGGAUUUUCGAGUUCCUCGAGGGAGGCCAGCUAGUCGUUCCCCCGGAUUGGAAGGAGAGAGUCGCGAGAGGCGAGAUGGUCGCCGAGGCAGUUAAACAAUGGGAAAUGGAGGAGCAUGAAGGUCAUGCGGCCAGCGUGAUAGCCGUCUUUAGGGACGGUGGAGCUUUGGACAAAGAUGCUGAAUUUGCUCAAGCGGCGAAGAGUGGAAUCCCGAACCUGACUAUUUUGGGAGAGCUUGAUGGGGUAUGCAGCGUGGAGACGCUGGAGCGUGUUGGCAUGAGCAAUGUUGCUGUCGUGCCGCAGGUUGGACAUGGCGUUGUGAGAGAAAGGGUACCAGAGGUUGCGAGUCUGAUUGAGAAUUUCUGGAAGGGACUUUAGCCUUGGUAUAGGGAAUGAUCAGGUUGUCAAUAUUCGAUUAUAAUACAGUAAUGCUUUCUGCUACCCAA